CAUAAGGUCCAAAAAACAGAAACGAAAAUUCCCAAGGACUAAACAAAAGAAUAAAAUCCCUACCCGCACCCUCGUUUUUCUUUCACUAGGGUUUCACAGGGCCACCAAGGAGCUGAGCUAAAGUGAAUCUCCACAGUCGUUGCCAUGGGUCGUAUGCACAGUAAAGGCAAGGGUAUCUCAGCAUCUGCUUUGCCAUACAAGAGGACCUCACCUAGUUGGCUCAAGAUUUCUCCUCAAGAUGUUGACGACAAUAUCUGCAAGUUUGCAAAGAAAGGUUUGACACCAUCUCAAAUUGGUGUUAUCCUUCGUGAUUCUCAUGGUAUUGCUCAAGUGAAGACUGUUACUGGCAACCAGAUUUUGAGGAUAUUGAAGGCCCAUGGGCUUGCACCUGAAAUUCCUGAGGAUCUGUACCACCUCAUUAAGAAAGCAGUUGCUAUUAGGAAGCAUCUAGAGAGGAACAGGAAGGAUAAAGAUUCCAAAUUUAGGUUGAUUUUGGUCGAGAGCAGGAUCCACCGCCUUGCUCGCUAUUACAAGAAGACCAAGAAGCUUCCACCAGUCUGGAAAUAUGAAUCCACCACUGCCAGCACUCUCGUGGCAUAGGCAAGAUAUCCUUGGUUUUAGUUGUCAGCACGUCCUUGAACUCAAAUCUUGGAUGAGCUGUCCAGCCUUUUGAUGCUUGCCGAUCUCAUUUUUGUAGAACUUAAUUCAUGAAUAUUGCGAGAUACUUUGACAGUCAGAAUGUUAUCCUCUAUGUUUCUUAAUUUCAGCUUCUGGUUCGAUGUCUUUUAUGUUGCAAGUACUGUCGGGAUUCCAAAUUUGAAUAGAUGCUGAAUUUAAUCGUUGUCAACUUGGGCAAAUUUUGUGCCUUGUUGUCAACGUGGAACAAAUUUUAGGUUUGAAUUUGCGGUUCUUGCCUGGAAAUUUAAUGCUAGGAGCUACACGUGCAUUUUCAGAUUAUCGAAUGAAAAGUAGCCUUUGUUUCUUA